AUGUUGACAUCAUAUGCACUCUUUCCAGUGGUACACAUGAAUCGAAAGAGGCAGGAGGCGAUCAAACGACUGGCCGAAGCGGAGCAAGUCCUGAAUGAAAUAGCGGCAGUCAAUCGUGCUCACAACCAUUCAUUCUUUGAGAAUAAGUGGAACGAGCAAAGAACACGCCAGCUGGAUGUGAUGACUGAGACUCAGAACGAAAAAAGGGAGCGCCUCAAGGUUAUGCUGGGUUUAGAAGAGGAACUAAUUCAGGCUCGUGAUCGCCUCAAGGCGAUCCAAGUGAAGCGUAGAAGAGCACGAACACAAGCGGACAAUGUCCAGCUUAUGUCGCUACCUGACACAGUGGCUAACAUUGAAGAGCAGAUAGAAGCCAUGGCAACGGCACUUGGCGGUGCCGAGUUUUCAGACCUCGCCGGCGCAACACAGAAUCAGACCAAUGCGCUGCUGACCCUCUCACUGGCCCGGGAGUAUCUGUACGAAGCCAAAGUUGGCCUCGUUGAAGCAAGGCUACGUCGUCAUCGUCAGAGCGGCGCCCGGCUGCAACAGUACCUGGCCAAGCACCUGGGCGAUAAGACUAAGAAUGUACGUGUCAAGUACAGUACGUACUUGAGAAAGGUCGAGAAAUAUGCACUAGAUUUUCCAGACGCUGUGCAACCCGCUUUGCCGGAACUAGGAGAUGUCAUGGCAAUGACAAUGGAUGAUCCAUUCUGGAGUCGAGGCAAAGUCGAACCUGCAGUAGGAGUUGAAGCCGAUAUCACUCGUCUGGGGAUUGAGAACUUCCUUUCGCGACGCAGCGCCGGAGAAGAGCUACGGCGUAUUGGUCGGGAAGCACGGCAGAUGACCGCUUGGUCAAACAUGUACUGGGCACGUGUCGUGGCCCUGGGACGUAAGGUGAACGAGGCGGUUGGGGUAGUUCGUAAUAGGUUGAAGUCGCUCUAUAACAUUGUGAAGAGACAGGCUUGCAAGCUAUGGAAAGAAUGGGGGCGAGACCUUCCACAGCAGAUUCAAGAAACUGCCACAUAUAUCGAAGGUCAGACUGACCAGGAUGUGACAUUGAAAGAGGAAUUUGGAAGGGUGACUGCUUGGGCUGAUCAAGAGUGGAAAGCUUUGGCCGGAAAGCCAAUAAUACAAGCUGAGGAGCCUGACGAUUAUGAGCAAGCAGAAGACCUGCAUUAUGAAAACUUGUAUGACAUGAACGGUGAAAUGUUAUAA